GGUUCAAAUCUGGCCUUAGACCCUUCCCAGCUGUGUGACCCUGGGUAAGUCACUUGACCCCCAUUGCCUGGCCCUUACCACUCUUUAGCCUUAGAGCCAAUGCACAGUAUUGACUCCAAGAUGGAAGGUAGGGAUUAAAAAAAAAGAAAGACAGAUAUAAAAAUACUUCUGGAUUUCCCAUCUCUGCUCUUUCAGAUUCAUUGCCUUUCAUCUCCUCCUUCCAAAAUGUCAUGCCCAGCCCUCUGUAGCCAGUUAGGUUAGUAAAAAUUAUGUUGGCAUCUUGUCUUUCUUACUUUUGGACCCUCACACCUUCCUACUCCUAGCAGAGAAGAAGCUUGGCAGCCAGAAUCAGCUUGUAGGCUUGGUGAGUCCAGAAACUCUAGAACCUGUCAUUGAAAGUCAGAGAUCUGAGAUGGGUUAAGUAUGAGGUCUCUUCUCAGCCACAGGUUAGAAGGAUAGUUGCUGGGUAAAUCACAGAGCCAUGGGAUGUGGAAAAAGCCAGUUGGAAUUUUCAGGUAGAUCCUAUUGCUUGGGUUAACCCAGUGAGACCAACAGAGGGCCUGUGAAGAGGGGAGAUUCUGAUUAGGUCUCAGAGAUAGCUCAUCAGGACUUGAGGAUUAGAAAAUUCUUCUCUUGAGGGAGUUAACCUUCAUCUAAUUCCAUCUGGAUUAUUUAGUUACCUGGAAAGCAGACUCCUUUAACAAGAUGCACAGAAUCACAGAAUGGAAAGGCUGAAAAUGAGCUUGGAGAAAUCCCUUCGACUUGAACCUCUUAUUUUAAUUUUCAAAGUAAAGAGACAGUCAUUUUUUUGGAGUGUGAAAAGUGUCUACAGUGCCUGCCUUAUGCUUGUCGUAGUGGAUAGCAUAGUAAGUACUUAAUUAAUGUUCUCUUUCUCCCUCCUUUUCUUCUCUCCCUUAUUCCCUUUUUCUCUCCUUUUGCCUCUUUGCUCUAUCCCUCCUCUCUUCUCUUCCUACCCUCCUUCCCUCCUGUUCUCUUCCCACUCCCUCUUUCUUUCCCUUCUUCCUUCAUGUCUUCCCUUCCUUCCCCCUUUUCUCUUUCCUCUUUUCCUUCUCUUUUUUCUCUUGCUUCCUCUCCUUUCCUUCUGUCUCAACCCUUCAGGCGCCAAGAGCUCCGAGAACUGCGUCUGAUCCAGAAGGAGGAGCACCGGAAUCAGACCCAGCUGGCUAACAAACACGAUCUGCAGCUGGAACAGAUGCACAGGCGCUUUGAGCAAGAGAUAAAUUCCAAGAAGAAAUUCUAUGAUACUGAGCUGGAAAACCUGGAACGGCAGCAGAAGCAGCAGGUUGAAAAGAUGGAGCAGGACCAUGCCUUCCGCCGUAGGGAGGAGGCAAAGAGAAUCCGGGCAGAGCAGGACCGGGAGUAUACCAAGUUUCAGGAGCAGCUCAAGAUGAAGAAGAAAGAGGUGAAGAAUGAGGUGGAGAAACUACCUCGACAGCAACGGAAAGAGAGCAUGAGGCAGAAGAUGGAGGAACAUACCCAGCAAAAACAGCUUUUGGACAAAGAGUUUGUGGCUAAACAGAAGGGAGGCUUGGAGUUAGCUAUGAAAAUGAUCACAGCUGAAAAUAGAAGGGAGAUCUGUGACAAAGAACGGGAAUGUCUGAAUAAGAAGCAAGAGCUUCUUCGAGGCGGGUAGAAAAGGAAAAUGUCCUGGUUCAGGUCGUACUUACCCCAGUAGCACAGGAAGUAGGCUCAAGAGGAAAGAACCACCAAGUUCUGAUCAUCUGGAUUUCUUACUUUGGCAAAGCAUGAAAACCUAAUCGGGGCUAUUUGCAAAAAGGAGAAUUUUGUCAAUGGUGAGGGAGCAGUAAUCACAUACAGUACCCUGUCAAUCUGGCACUGAGAGGGGCAUUCCAAUGGAG